AUGUCUGCCCUUCGUCUUCCCUCACUGACUUCGCGAAACUUCAAGAAACGAGAACGAAAAGCUGGAGGUGCCAUAGAGAGUGUGGCCAAGCGGUCGUGUGCCGCGUUUACGGAGAUGGAAAGGGACCUCUCGGCGAAUGACGGUCAAGGGGAAAGGCCGGUGGCAGUGGGCGUGUCCUACGACAUGGGAUGGAGAAAGCGUGGCAAGAGCUAUGAUUUCUCAUCCGGAGUGGGAACUGCAGUGGGACUAAUGACGGGAAAAGUGAUCAGCUAUGCCACGCGGAAUACCUUAUGCAGAGUGUGUCAAGAGGCUGUUGCUAACAACAGGGAGCCCACCGUGCACGACUGUCGUCGUAAUCACGAAGGCCCAUCCAAAAGUAUGGAGGCCAACGUUGCAGUGCAGCUAUUUGGUGAUGCAGUCGAAGGUGGCGUACGUUACUCGACGUAUGUUGGUGAUGACGAUAGCACAACAGAGAAUCGGUUGCAGUCAUUGGUAGCCUAUGACAAAGAAAAAUGGAGCGACAUCAAUCACGCAAGCCGCACGUUGGGUUCCAGACUAUAUGCUAUCAAGUCCAAAGUGAAGGGUCUCAGCCCAGCAGUUAUUGGAUAUAUCCAAAGAUGCUUCACGUAUUGCAUAAGACAGAACAAGGGAAAGGCGUCAUCCUUGUUGGAGGGGCUGAAGUCGAUAGUGCUACAUGCGUUCGGAGAACACACUCUUUGCAAAGAAUGGUGUACAUACAAGCAUGACCCAGACAACGACAGUCACGGCGACCUUUCUGAUGGAAGAGAUCUUCAGGUAAAUUCACAAUUUGCCAAUCUCGGAUGAAACGCUGCUACCUGUUACCAGGAGCGGGGGUGUUCGCGUUGGUUUUCGCACAUUCUACAUUUUUUAAGACAACACCACUAUAGCCCAAAAAAGAUACGUUACCGGUAUAUAGCGUGGGAUGGCCUACAAAGGUUCCACUGAACAUCUAUCACGAAAUAUAUAGCGAGUAUGGGAGCCAAUCAGAUUUCAAUAAUGCUUGUCGAAAGGCGUGCCUUGCGGUCGAGAUGCUUUAACUCACAAAAUGUGAAAAUUGCACUAGAAUAAAUCUUUGAAUAAUUAGCAGAGAAACUAUACUUAGCAAACUUCGUGCAAUAUUGUUAGAUAAAGGCAAUUCACCAAAAUAUGUCCGUAUGAUACGAAAAUCAAAACCUCGGCCGCAAAGCAUCUUGGUCGACAGGCAUUCUUGCUUUUUUGAAAGUGUUUUGGUAUCGCUUAGAUAAUCCAAAAUUGUGUCAUUCUAGGGAGACGAUCUGCGUGCUAGUAUCGAGGAUGCUACGAAACCCAUUCUCACUGAAGAGGCAGCCAAAAAGCUUGCGCCAUGUGGGUCCAGCCAGCAAAACGAAUGCGUCAACAGUUUGAUUGGUACGAAAGCACCAAAAAUUCGUCACUACGGUGGAUCUGAGAGUAGUGAUUUCCGCACGGCGGCAGCAAUUUCGCAAUUCAAUGAAGGGUAUGGAUAUGUUAAUCAGGCAGCGCAACUAAUGGGUGUAGCAGGCAUGCUGUGACUGAAAAGCACACCAAGGUGAUGGACAAGAAGAAAGAUAGAAACAGUCUAAGGCAGUCAACCAAGGCGUUUAAGCGAGCUAGGAGAAGUGCGAAGAAAAAGAAAACCCAAAAGACCCGAUCAUUGGAACAUAACGAGGGCGUGACCUAUGAGAGCGGUGUAGGACUAACACAAAGNGAGAAACUAUACUUCGCAAACUUCGCGCAAUAUUGUUAGAUAAAGGCAAUUCACCAAAAUAUGUCCGUAUGAUACGAAAAUCAAAACCUCGGCCGCAAAGCAUCUUGGUCGACAGGCAUUAUUGCUUUUUUCAAAGUGUUUUGGUGUCGCUUGGAUAAUGGAAAAUUGUGUCAUUUAGGGAGGGAUUAGGGAGACGAUCUGCGAGCUAGUAUCGAGGAUGCUAUGAAACCUUUUCUCACUGAAGAGGCAGCCAAAAAGCUUGCUCCAUGUGGGUCCAGCCAGCGAAACGAAUGCGUCAACAGUUUGAUUGGUACGAAAGCACCGAAAAUUCGUCACUACGGUGGAUCUGAGAGUAGCGACUUCCGCACGGCGGCAGCAAUUUCGCAAUUCAAUGAAGGGUAUGGAUAUGUUAACCAGGCAGCGCAACUAAUGGGUGUAGCAGGCAAUGCUGUGACUGAAAAGCACACCAAGGUGAUGGACAAGAAGAAAGAUAGAAACAGUCUAAGGCAGUCAACCAAGGCGUUUAAGCGAGCUAGGAGAAGUGCGAAGAAAAAGAAAACCCAAAAGACCCGAUCAUUGGAACAUAACGAGGGCGUGACCUAUGAGAGCGGUGUAGGACUAACACAAAGUGAGGCUGACAGAUUGACAAUCACGAAUGGUACUUUGAGUGAUCUACGAUCGACUAUUACGGACAAGGAAUUCGAUGACUAUGGGAGCAUAGCGAGCCUGCAAGAGAGUGCAGAAAAUAAGGUACUUAUAGCGGCUACACCCUUUCUUGAAUUUAUCCAUAGGUAUCACCAGGACUUUUCAAAGGGGUAAUAAAUUGUGAUGUGUGAUGUGUCUUAUAGACUUCCGAUGCUCAAAAACUGGAAAAUAAAGCGCAGGCACUUUAAAUACACAUGGUUAUACUCCUUUGGGAAAGGGAUAUGGGUGCGCGCCCGAAACCCCGUCGUUGACGCCCGAUCUUGAAUCUAAUUCUUUCACUGUUAUAUGUUUUCAGGAGAAGACGGGGACACCGAAUGGGCCUUUUUUACCAGCUAUAUGUGAUACAGAAACAACGGGGCUUGGUAUGGAGUGCGAGAUAAUUCAACUGUCGUGCUUGGUUCAGGGGAAGACGCCGUUUAACCAGUACCUGCUUCCAGACAAGAAAAUGAUAUCGGAAAGUGCGACCAAGAUUCACGGAGUGUCUGUAAGCUUUCAAAAUGGGGCGAAGCAAUUGCACAGAAAUGGUAACCAGUUGCCAGCUGUGUCACAAGCUCAGGGACUGGGGGAUUUUCUUAGCUUCAUAAAAGAGGUUGGAUGUGAGACGCGGGUUGUUCUCGUUGCCCACAACGGUAAUCGGUUCGACUUCCCCAUUUUGCUACGUUCGAUGAAAGAACAGGGUCUACUUGAGCAGUUUCUAGAGUGCAGGCAGAUGCUUUUGGAUUCACUAGAAGUAAUCACAGAAGAAAAAACGGCUCGGGGAAGUCAUCUAAAGGAGUGCAAGGGGAAAUCUCUUGCUACAAUGUACGAGAAAUUGUUCAGCGAGCAAUUUAACGCCCAUGAUUCCCUAGAGGACGUGGUUUCACUCGGAAGGGUCCUACACAGUAACAAGUUGCAACAGACUCUGGAAGGGAUGGUAGCGUUGGCUAGGCAAGCAAAUACUUUUUGUGAAGACAUGGCUAUGAAAACUGUUGCCAAAGGAAGAAAGUCUACCCUACACAGGCUGGGCAUUUCCGAUGUCAUGAAGGACAAAAUAAGCAAGGCCGGCCUAGACAUGAACACCCUCAGCCGUUUGUAUAAUGCAGGAGGUUCAAGAACUUUGCUAACAAUUUUAGCAUUACCUCCAAGCAAAACGAGCGCGAAACCAAGAGUCACAGAAACGCUUACGGUGCUUACAAGUCUAGUUAAUUUUUUCGCUACCACAUAA